AAACUGCCAAUCAUUUUGACACAGUCAAAACGCUGUCUUACAUUUUAAGGUAAAUUCACAGUCAAGCUAAUAUGUAACUAUACAAAAAUGUAUCCUCACAAGACAACAUCAAACAAGCUUGGCAAGAUGUCAUUUACUUACUUUCUGUUCUGGUAAAUAUUGUAUCACAUCACAACAGUCAUGAUAACAGUUCUAGAAAGAGCUGAAGAUUUGUAGACUGAAGGCACGCUCGGGAUCUAUCCCUGAUGGAAUUUAACUAUUUAGAAAACAUACGAAAACUAAAGGAAAGGAUUGCACCAUUCAAACGCCAACUAUGCAAUGAAUCCCGUUGUCCAAAGAUCAGAAAACGUUGGGAAGAUCAUCAACACAAAUGUCAUACUGUGAAAUUUAAAAAAUUGUCGUUGGAGAAUAAAGAACCUAAGUCCUGCAUUAAAAUCUCUAAAUAUAAAACUGCUGACCAAUUAGUCCAAACAAGUAUUGAUAUGAAAUGCCACGUAGGAACUAAUUGUAACAUUUUUCACGAUGACAAACAAGCAAUGGCCAAGAUCGCUAGUGAAGUUAUGAACGCAGAAAACGUUGGUGAAUUUUUUGCUCGCAACCAGUCUUGCAACACGACGGUAUCAUUUAAGAAUUUCUACAAGGAACGUUUGCAGUACGAAGUACUUCAGUGGCUGCGCGAAGUGCCUAUCGAAUCUGAAUUUAAUUCAACUGCUAAAAUAGUAACAGAAAAAAUUGUUAAUAAUUUAAUAGAGAAAAUAGACAAGCUGUCUGUUGAAGCUGACGAGGAUUGGUACGAAGUGAAGCUCAAACGAGAGAUAGAUCAUUGUUUAAACUCUUUGCCUAUGUCAUACCAUAGCACUAAAUGUGCAAAGAUCAGAUAUAUACUGACAGAGAGCCUUAUUACUAGGAUUAUGAUACUGAAUAGUAAAUAUCUUUACGAUGCUCCGACUAGCUUCCAAGAUGAUCUCGAUGUGAAUCAUUAUGCAAGCAGUAAAGAAAUAUUCCAAGUACCAAUAGUCAGCAUGUUUGAAAACGAAAUAUUUACUUGGCUCGAAUCGAAGAAUUUGAAAAGUGAAGAUGGAGCACCGUUGAAUUUGAAAUACAUAACGAAGAUGCUUUUAAAUCGGCUCCUACCAUGUUUGAUGGAUAAAAGCACAAAGAGAAGCAAGUAUUUAAUAAAAGGUGGGAUCGUAGAAGUCUUGGAUACCUUGCCUUUGACAAUGGCUUUAUUUAAAAACCGAAUUUUCUUAAAUGGUCUCGCAAUGGAGUUGACAAACAUACUGAUGAAUGCACAAAAUAACUUUGAACAGUUGACAAUAUAUAACAAUGCUUAUUUAGGCUUUAGUAAAACUCUAAGUUAUUUAAAUCCUGAACAUUAUAUGAAUAAUUCUUUAAGGCGUGAAUCUAUAGGCAAGCCGGUUACGCUACGAAUGUCGAAUACAAGCAAAGUUCGCGCAGUUGGUAAAGCAAGUAGUAAUGGUAUUUAUCAAUCAAAAUCAAACAUAAAUAGACCAUAUAGAGAAAGUCAAUUCGUUGCUAUGGAACUCAACAUGAGUUCAUAUUCUCAGAUUGAAAGAACACUUACUAGAGAUCCUCCAUUCUCACGAAUGACACUAAAAAUUCUAAGAGAUGUGAAAUCAAGGAAUUCAAUAGUUAGAUUGAAAAAUUUUAAGAAAAAUAACGUACCAAGUCUAUUGUCGAUAUCAUUAAGUUCAGUGGAUGAAAAAUAUUACAAUUCCUCUUGUUGUUCUUAUUUUGAUAAAAAUCGUAAUAAAUUCAGAAAUAAAAACAUAGAUCGCUUACAUGGUAUAGAAGAUACAGCUAAUGUUGACAAAGUGUCCUCUCUUAUUAGAGCUUGGAUUGAAAAGUUGCCAAGAAAUUAUGGUAAGUUGAGAAACAGAACUGUUAUGGAGUCUAUAAGUGGUGACUUCGCUCAGGAAAUAACUGAUCAAAUGUCUGAUCCACCCGUUGGAGAAGAUAGUCGUGAUAAGGAAACUAUAGGAGAUGUAAUAUCAAAAUGGUUAUCCUUACUUGGCUUUGUUAAAAAUUCAGAUGAAGCUUUAUUAUACAAAAAUGAACUGUUAUGUGAAUUGCAAGAUAUUUCUUUACAAUCUCCACGUAGAUUGAAUAUAUUACAAGAUAUUGAACCAAAGAUGAAUUGUAAAAUAAAUGAAAAUAUGGACUUGUUGAAUGGUGAAUUUUUAUCUUGGCUAAGUAAACGGCCAACUGAAAUUUCAACGGAAUCAGAUAGCAAGAAGUUAGUUCAUGAUUUCGCUGUUAUAAUUUACAACGAGCUAAACAAUAAACGUUGUAAUAAUAACUUGACAUCAAUUUUAAAACGUUGGUUGAAAAAUAUAAUUGAAUCGGAACAGAAUAUCUGUCUACAAACGUUGUCGAAGGAUUUCAAAAGCCAAAUCUUUCAGUAUUCACGUAGCAAUCAAAAUAAUAAAUCAAAUGUUGAGGGAUGUAAUAAUGGUACAGUUUUUGAAAAUAUAAUGAAGCAAUGUUUGAUGACAUUUUUUAGCGAACCCAAUUUGAACAAACGUAUAGCUGAAGAUGUAUUCUGGAAUAUUCUGAGCAAUGUGAUGCAAAAUGUUUACACGCAGUAUUCCAAAAUGGAAACUCUCCAAGUUGAGAAUGAAGAUACACCAUAUGAUAAGUUAAAGACAGAAUUAGAUUAUAUUAUUUUAAUAUCAGAUUGGUUUAACAAAUUGCCUAAAACUUCAGCCUUGCAUCGACUAAGUAGUAGACAGAGUAGGAUGUUUUUGAUUAAUUUAGCGAAAACAAUUGAAAACAAUGUUAGUAGAAGUGAAUUAGCAACACGACUUGACGAGGAUUUCUAUAGAGACUUAAUUUUAAACCAUUGCAAUCAUUUUGGACCCCUACGUAAUGCCUGCCUGGAAAAAAAUCUAACAAAACCAUUGGUUGAUGCUUUAGUAAAAUAUGAAAUACAAAAGUUAAAAGAUAAACAGAACAUUACAACAGAAAAAGAUUUGAAAAAGGUUGAAAAACAGAAAGAAAUUAAAAAUAUUAUGAAAGAUUCUCAGAAGAAAUAUGAAGCCACUGACGACGAAAUGUAUCAGGAAUUAACAGAAUUAGUUCAAAAUGAAAUAAACAAUAUGUUUAAUUAUUUUUUUAGUCAUUUCAAUACAAUUUCAACUCUUAGUUAUUGGUCAGUGUUUCCUGUAGAGGAGUGGCGCGGCUGUUACCGGCCUGACCUCGCCUACUCGAUCCUGCGACUACUUAAAAUGACUGUCAGUAUUCCAGAUUAUAAAAUUACUUUUAAAAAAUUAACUGACUAA